AAUUGAUAUUGUCUUGCAACAUUUUGAAUUUACCACAAUAAUGAACGCUCUGCUCGGCGAACUGCGAAUGGUCAAGGUGCUGCAUCAGCAGUCUGGCGUGUGUCUGUUCACGCACCAGUGGAAAUGGAACCCGCACGCGCACGCGGAGGGCGUUGACGCGCUCGUCAUGUCCUUCACGCAGUUCGCGCGUGAGAUCGACGGAGGAGAGGUUGUGCAGGUGCACUUUGACCCGAGCAAAACUGAUAAGAAGGACCGAUCUGGCAGCAGCCCAAUGCCCUCUUCUUCCGGUGGCCUCGUGAUGAUCUCGCUCCAGAAUGAGAUCGUCCAGGCAGUUUUAUUCCAUGAUCGGACAACGGAUACAGCGUGCAUCGCUCUAAAGGCAUUUCUACAGCGAAUUCUUGAGCGAUUUUCAGAGGUUUUUGAGCACGAACUAGAGCUAUUGCAGCCGCAAUUACAAACCAGCGCAACACCUACCGCCGAAGAGGUUUGUCAAUUGCCUAAACUUUCAUACUGAUGAAACGUUUCGAAUUAUGAUCUGUUCAUUUGCUGAUAUUAUUGCAGCGCGAAGCUGUCGAGGCUCCAUUUCGGAGAUUCGAGAACGAACUUGACAACCCAUUGCUGCUACAACCUAGUGGCGACUAUGGCUUGCAAUGAGAUUGCAAUAUAUCGAGUUUUUUUUUUCAGAAUAUAUUACCUAGCCGUGCUUUCACUGAUUACUAUACUGUAUGCACUAGUCGAUUCCCCCGGGUUUAGAGUAAAUAGAUAUAACGU